AUGAGUAAGCCAGGGGGGCCUUGCCGUGUGGCCUGGAGGAGGAGGCGAGUGGCUCACGGCGGCGCUGAGCAGCAGAGCGCCAACACGGAGUACAUCCCAUGCCUGGCCGUGUCACGCUCCCUCGGGGACCUCUGGAGCUACGAGGCAGCGAGGUGCCAGUUCGUGGUGUCCCCCGAGCCGGACGUGAGCGCCUACCGGCUGGAGCCGCAGCGCCACCGCCACCUCGUGCUGGCCACCGACGGCGUCUGGGACGUCUUAAUGCCCACGGAGGCCGUGCGGCUCUGCCAACGAGCUGACGAGCAGGCCAGCGGUGGUGGUGCCAGCAGCGGUGGUGGUGCUAGCGGUGGUGGUGCUAGCGGUGGUGGUGCUAGCAGUGGUGGUGCUAGCAGUGGUGGUGCCAGCAGUGGUGGUGCUAGCAGUGGUGGUGGUGCUAGCGUUGGUGGUGCUAGCAGUGGUGGUGCUAGCAGUGGUGGUGCUAGCAGUGGUGGUGCUAGCAGUGGUGGUGGUGCUAGCAGCAGCAUCAGCGGUGCUGGAGGCCUCACGCCGGCACAGCUGCUGGUGGCCGAGGCGCUGUCUCGCUGGCACCGGCUCGGCCGCCCGGCCGACAACGUGAGCGCCGUGGUGGCGCGGCUGUGCCCCUCGGCGGCGGUGUCGCCGCUAGCGCCCCGGCUCUAUGCCGGCACCGCGACCUGCGCCAACAGCAGCGGCAGCGGGCUGCAGCCAGGAGGAGCCCCCCAGCAAGCGCAGCCGCAGGAGCCGCCCCGAAGAGCAGCUUCGCCACAGAGACGCCGCCUCCAACUAGCGCCGCGGUGCUCACGGCACACGCGGUAG